UCCUCUCCCGGCUGCACCAUGGAGGGUUACCACAAGCCCGACCAGCAGAAGCUGCAGGCCCUGAAGGACACGGCCAACCGCCUGCGUAUCAGCUCCAUCCAGGCCACCACGGCGGCGGGCUCGGGCCACCCCACAUCGUGCUGCAGCGCCGCUGAGAUCAUGGCAGUCCUCUUCUUCCACACCAUGCGCUACAAGGCCCAGGACCCCCGGAACCCUCACAAUGACCGCUUUGUGCUCUCCAAGGGCCAUGCGGCACCCAUCCUGUAUGCAGUCUGGGCCGAGGCUGGUUUCCUGCCCGAAGCCGAGCUGCUGAACCUGCGGAAGAUCACCUCCGACCUGGAUGGACACCCUGUCCCGAAACAAGCCUUCACUGACGUGGCCACUGGCUCCCUGGGCCAGGGUCUUGGAGCUGCGUGUGGAAUGGCCUACACUGGCAAAUACUUCGACAAAGCCAGCUACCGCGUCUACUGCAUGCUGGGAGAUGGGGAGCUGUCAGAAGGUUCCGUGUGGGAGGCCAUGGCCUUUGCCAGCAUCUAUAAGCUGGAUAACCUCGUUGCCAUUCUGGACAUCAACCGCCUGGGCCAGAGCGACCCAGCCCCCCUGCAGCAUCAAGUGGAUGUCUACCAGAAACGCUGUGAGGCCUUUGGCUGGCAUGCGGUCAUCGUGGAUGGGCACAGCGUGGAGGAGCUGUGCAAGGCCUUUGGCCAGGCUAAGCACCAGCCAACAGCCAUCAUCGCCAAGACCUUCAAGGGCCGAGGGAUCACGGGUGUGGAAGAUAAAGAGUCUUGGCAUGGGAAGCCUCUACCCAAGAAUAUGGCCGAUCAGACCAUCCAGGAAAUCUACAGCCUGAUCCAGAGCAAGAAGAAGAUCCUGGCCACACCCCCGCAGGAGGAUGCCCCCUCAGUGGACAUCAACAACAUCCGCAUGCCCACCCCGCCCAGCUACAAAGUUGGGGACAAGAUAGCCACCCGCAAGGCCUAUGGGCUGGCCCUGGCCAAGCUGGGCCACGGCAGCGACCGCGUCAUUGCCCUGGAUGGGGACACCAAGAAUUCCACCUUCUCUGAUCUCUUCAAAAAAGAACACCCAGACCGCUUCAUUGAGUGCUACAUCGCCGAGCAGAAUAUGGUGAGCAUUGCUGUGGGCUGUGCCACCCGCAACCGGACGGUGCCCUUCUGCAGCACUUUUGCAGCUUUCUUCACACGGGCCUUCGACCAGAUCCGCAUGGCAGCCAUCUCUGAGAGCAACAUCAACUUGUGCGGUUCCCACUGUGGAGUGUCCAUCGGGGAAGAUGGGCCCUCUCAGAUGGCCCUGGAAGAUCUGGCCAUGUUCCGGUCGAUCCCCAAUGGAACAGUCUUUUACCCAAGCGAUGGAGUGGCUACAGAGAAGGCCGUGGAACUAGCAGCCAAUACAAAGGGCAUCUGCUUCAUCCGGACUAGCCGCCCGGAAAAUGCCAUCAUCUACAACAACAAUGAGGACUUCCAGGUCGGGCAAGCCAAGGUGGUCCUGAAGAACAAGGAUGAUCAGGUGACUGUGAUCGGAGCUGGGGUGACGCUGCACGAGGCCUUGGCUGCUGCUGAAGUGCUGAAGAAAGAGAAGAUCACCAUCCGCGUGGUGGACCCCUUCACCAUCAAGCCUCUGGAUAAAAAACUCAUUCUCGACAGUGCCCGGGCCACCAAGGGCAGGAUCCUCACAGUGGAGGACCAUUAUUAUGAAGGUGGCAUAGGUGAAGCAGUGUCCAGUGCUGUGGUGGGCGAGCCUGGUAUCACUGUCACCCGCCUGGCCGUCAGCCAGGUCCCGAGGAGUGGGAAGCCGAUGGAGCUGCUGAAGAUGUUUGGCAUUGACAAGGAUGCCAUCGUGCAGGCUGUGAAGGGCCUUGUCGCCAAGGCCUAAGAAGUCAUGAGGGGUGGUGUGGGAAAUUUGCACAUUCCUGAGAGUUCUGGCAAAGGUGCUCAAAGAUGUACUGAGAAGAGUAGUAAAUAUAUCUUUUGAGAAAAAUGUAUUUGCC